AUUAAAUUUUUUGCCGGAUAAUUAAUAAGUUAUAGUAACAUUAAAAUAAAACAAAAUAACAUAGUAACAAAAUUCAGACGCUAACAAUAUAUUUGAUUGUAAAUAAUCAUGUCCCAAUAAUAUAAAUUUAUUGAGAAUAAUUAAACAUAGAUAAAUUUAUUUGAAAUCAGAAUCAAAUAUAAAAUAAGGUUAUGAAUUUUGAUAUUACGCGUACACCAGCUGCGCCACUCUACAAAUUCAUCGACACCAAACAACCAUCCAUCAGCUGAAAUUCGCCUGAAUGCCUUAAAUAAACCCUAAACGUACGUGUAGAAUUCCCGAUACCAGUUAAUUCACACCCUCGGUGAUCAUGGGUGGAAAACAGAAGCAAGCUCAAAGAGUGAAAAACAAUGCACGACCAUCAAACUCAGGGAGAAGUGCCGAAUUUCUCGGUACCGCUUCGACAAUUCCACCGUUCAGCUUCAGCACCAUGAAGGAACCUGGCUUCACUGCAGCUUCUUUCUCACUGACUCCAAUUGAUGAUAUUGAUGCUAGUGUUGACAGUAAUUUUCAGCUUGUCCUGAAAAAAAUGAAUAAGAAGGAUGCCACAACAAAAUUGAAGGCUUUGCAAGAAUUUACAGAACUUGUUAAAAAUACUGAAUCUGAGGCUGUGAAAGCAAUACUUCCUUUCUGGCCUCGACUCUACUGCGCGCUAGCCACUGACGCUGAGCACAGAGUCCGUGAAGCUACGCAUGUCGCUCAUAAUCAAGUUGUUUUAAAAGCAAAGCGCAACUUAGCGCCAUACUUGAAACAACUAGCAGGUCCAUGGUUUACGUCUCAGUAUGAUACUUACGCACCAGCAUCUAGUGCUGCUUGUCGGUCGUUUAAGGACGCUUUUCCUAUAAACAAGUUGCAGGAAGCUAUUAUGUUUUGCCAGGAGGAGAUAUUGCAUUACAUCGGCGAUAACUUAACCGUACACACGGCACAAACACUAAGCAAUCCGAAAACUACCACAGCUGAUGAGAGUAAAGCAAAACAUGAGCGUGUGCUCAUCUCCAGCCUGCAAGGCUACUCAUUGUACUUUCAGCAGGUGUCUGAAGCAGGCAUUAAGAAGGUGGAGGAACUUCAUAGGAAGAUCCUUUCACAUAAUAGGUUCUGGAAACUUGCAAGGAGCGAUAUUCCACAAAUACGAGCCUCUUGGUUUGGAGUACUAUCGGUGAUUUGUGAAAAGGCUGGAUUUUUAUUGGUCGGGGAGGAAGCGAAUGUUGUGAAGGCUGUUUUUGGAGUUUUGGAUGAAAGUGAUCCCGCCGUUCAGUGCAAUUUAUGGGAGGCCGCGUUGCUAACUACUAAAACAAUAGAGAACUGGUGGAAUUUUUACAACAUUGAAGAAAAACUACUUCCAAAACUAUGGAAAGUUCUUAGAGAAGCAGGACAUGGCAAUGCGACUACGAUUUAUCCAAAUUUGUUACCAUUGAUUUCCCAUCUGCCAUCAUCUUUAAAUUAUGAAGAGUUUCUACCGAAGUUUUUUAGCAAUAUGAAAAUUGGUUUAAGUCAAAACAGUGCCAGAGCUUCGCAGUCUGAGUCCCGAGCAAUUUCAAUCGCCUUUGUGGAAUGCCUGCAGUACACCAUAAUGCAAAAUCACGAAAAUGUAACGUUAUGUGAGCAUUUAAUCAAAGAACACUUGAUCCCUUUGAUUGAUACAUCUCUUAUCGAUCCCCGAGCGGCUCACAAAACGCUUUUUAAUCAAGUAUCAUCUCUUGUACAAUAUUGGCAUAAAAACAAAGACACUGAGCAGCCAAACUAUUCUAAGUACUUGCAACAAUUCUGGUGCGAAUUAGAAAAACUAUUUUCUAUUCGUAUAACGGAAUAUGCGGCCAAGGAGACAGCAUCGGUUGUGAGUGAACUAGCCGGCCGACAAAUUGAUCUCUUGGUAUGUUUGAAACACACCGUCAAACCGCGAGCGUUUAAGGUACAAUUCACCACCGAAGAUGACCAACAGGAGCGCAAAGGUUCCGAUCGCAGAAAUUCCAAAACACAUUCUAAUGUUGAUCGUUCCUAUUUAGAUGCUCUUCAUCGGCUAGUGUUUGACGUGUGCGUGUUUUACAUCAAGAUUGUUGACUACGACGAGGCGAAGAAACUGCCGGAUAUGAUUGAGCACGUUGUAUCAUUAGCGCAGGAAUUCGAGUCGGAGAGUUUCAUUGAACAUUUAAAGGCGAAAUUCUGCCCUGGAGAAAAAUGUCAGCUGAUGGUACUCUUCAAUUUGGUUUUUGAAUGGACCAAAAAUCCGAUGUUGUGUCGGAAAUCCGUAGUGGAUUUGAUAUUUUUGUUGUUGAAGUACAGUUCCAGUGACGAAACUCAGAGUGUUUUGCAAAAAUUUAUUGAUAUUGAAAACGAUGAAUCAUUGGGUUGGUGUAUUUCGCGAGCUUUAUCAUAUCCUCAUAACAGUGAUAAAAUUGUGCAAACUUGGUUGGCUAAUGAAAAAAUAGGAGAAUUUUUAGUUAAAAUUACAACGUACGAAAUUGCCGACAAGAGUACUCCAGAUUUAAGCUUGUUGUUGAAACAAGCAUUUACUGAGACAAGUGGCGGAGAAUUGUUUAUAACCCAGUCAACAAUUGGCAAAAUCAUUGGGCUUUUAAGCAACUGUUUACUCCAUUCAACCGACUAUACUCUCACUAUUGACAACUGCGCCAGUUUAGCAUCUUAUAUCGCUUCGUCCGUCUGCAGCGACCACACCACAUUUAACGAUGAACUUUUCUUGGCGCUUUUCCACUUGUCUUGCCAUAUGAAAGGAGAAGAAUACGAGUACUUAUCAAAAGAUACUCUUUGGGAGGUGAAAACAGCCUGGCAAGAUGCUUUGGUAUCUCUUUCUGCCAAUACUGAUAAAGGUGUAUUACUCGCGUUGAGUGAAAAAUGCGCAGAUAUACUAGAAAGCACCAUUUUGGGAUGUGAUAUUCUUACUGUGGAUUCGGAAUAUUCGACAGAAAUCAUUACCAAAUAUUUGCUUUCUGUUGAAAAGAGUAAACCUUUGUUUGUCGGCGAGAUUUUUAAUAGUUUCUUUGGUCGUGCGUUUGUAUCUUUGUGGCGGGAGCAAAUUUAUAGUUUAACAAAACAAGUGGAAUAUUUAAAGGGAAAUAUUUGCUUUGAACAUUCAACUAGUUUUGAAAGUAGCAAUAUUGAUCCUAGAAGUAUUUUAAAAUACUUUGGAUGGAAACUCCUCAUGAUAAAAACGUUACACACUGAGAUAAAUAAUGAGGAUGAUUAUUUUGACGAUGAAGAGGAUGAAGACGAGCAGAAGUCAUGUACGAAUCGGAUUUUGAAGUUACUGGACAAAUUUGAGGAUGUUUUGUUGGAUGUAUUGCAGGAUAUAGUUGCUUUUGACAAUAUUAUAGCAAAUUAUACACAUCUUAAAUAUUAUGAAAAUUUACAAGACCUACACAUAAUCUUCACCGAAAAAUUCAACGAAUUGUUCGCAUUGGAGCCAGCCAUGCGGAUAUCAUUUGAGACUAGUUUAAAAAACAAACAGGGUUGGUCUAUACCAGCGUACAAAUACUUCGUGCAAAUGAAUAAUCAACGGCCAAGAACAAUUUUUGCUAUGUUGAAUAAUAAUACGAGUGGUGAAAACAAACUGCAUUUGAUACAAACAUUUAGUCGACGACAAGAAAUCACGUUUGAUGAUACCAUACAGCGGAUGACACCAAUUGAAUCUGUUGUCAGGUUGCGCUGUUUAUUGCACUGUGAAGAUAUUGAUGUGCAAAUUGCAGACGUCUUUGGUCGAAUCGAAAAGAUCAAAUUCUUUGUGGGUUUUGAUAAUUGGGAGGAGCUUCAAUUGGUUAUUGAAAUUUCACGGUUGUGCACAGAAAUGUUGAGAUGUAACAAAACUGAUAAUCUUACUAGACGCCAUUGGGAUUUCAUUGUCGUGAGUUUGGGAACAUGGAGUGCUAAAUUACUAGAAGCCAAGGAUAUGUUCACAAAUCCACAGGUUUCUGCAUUCAUAACGGCGAUCUCCAACUUAUACAUAGCGAUACACAAUCAUAUAGAACUUUUGCGACAAGCAACACCAGUUAGUAAUUACGUCGAUGAGUGGGAAAAUGUUUUCGUUAAGAGUAUUACAUCGGACCUGGUUCGCACCUGGUUGUAUUUAUCCGAGAAAUUCGUGACGAUGAAAACAAUUCCGACAGCUGUUCAACCAUUCUUACAAGAGUUUGGUAAAGUUAUAGGAUAUCUUCGACCUCGGUAUGUUUUCGAUUCGCGUAUAGACGGCAUGCCGAAGUGGUCUAAACUUUUGAAACAAUGUUGUGGACUGUUGACUUGUCCGGAGCAUGCGUUACAACUGUGGGGGUAUCAUAUGCUCAAAGUUUUGUCUUUUGGUUUGGUCCAAGUUGACGCCAUUGCGGUUGAUACAAAUACUCCACAUGAGAAGGGGUUGAUAAUUGAGCAGUUCAAAGACCCCCUAGUGGAGACGCAUAACAUUGUGUCAACCAUGUUGCUUGAUUUUAGAUUAGGUGAAGAUAGUUGUAGGGUCGAGCCAUUUACCGACUCCUACACCUACACAUUUGCUUACCUCUUGCUUUGGGAUAUAUUGCUUUACCUCUGUGAAAAGUCUUCUACAGAAUUACGUUUUCAGUACGCUGAUUGGUUACGAAAAGAAGACUUAUUGAAUAGUUUGCUUAGCAGUAUAUUCAAAUUGAUGCCGUUAGGGGUGUUUCAAUCAGAGAGUGCCAAAUUGGGCAGUUGGUUUGUGGAAAAAACAACGCUUUCUUUGGAAGAACCAAUAACCAGUGAAAAAAUUGAACGUUUAAACUGUUCGGUUUACGCUUCAACUUUAGCGCAACUUCCAGCCACAGUCAGGCAGUGGUGGUCGAGUGCUGAAGCAAGAACUUCGCAGAUUGUUGAAAGGGUUACUGCGACUUACAUUUCUCCCUUAUUGUGCAACCAGGAGUUGGUUGAUGUGUCAAAGCACGAGAAUAAGUUUAAAAAUAUGAUCGUAAGUUUCAUCAGCUUUAACUUUUAUAAUUUAUUACACAUUUUGUUUAAUGUCCAGAUAAAGGUACACCCUUCAGUGAGAGAAGUAGUGGCCGUUUAUACAGUUGAUGAAGCACAAAUGGAACUGUUUAUCGCAUUACCUUCAAAUUAUCCGCUUGGGGGACCUGACGUUCAGUUAAAUCGGCAAAUUGGCGGAUUGCCACACAAACAGUGGUUGAUGCAGCUAAGAAUGUGUCUUUUACAUCAGAAUGGUCGAAUUUGGGAUGCACUCUCAAUGUGGAACAACAAUUUAGACAAGAAAUUCGAUGGGGUUGAAGAAUGUUAUAUUUGCUUUGCUGUUUUACAUCCAGGGACUUAUCAACUGCCAAAAUUGUCUUGUAAAACAUGCAGGAAAAAGUUCCAUGCUGCCUGUUUGUACAAAUGGUUUAGCACAAGUAACAAGAGCACCUGUCCAAUCUGCAGGAAUUUAUUCUAAUAUAAAUUAGAGCUGUAAAAGUAUAGUGAAAUGAUUGAUUAUAUAGCAAUAAAUUUUAUGUGCCGUCAUAAUUCAAGGAAAUCAAAUUACAAGCCAGUUUCUGAAGUAUUUAAUUUAUUUCAUAUUAGUUUUCAUAUUAAGUCUUCAUACAAAAAAGUGUUGAUCACCAUAAAACUAUGUACUUCAAAUUUCAAAAAGAAAUAAAUAUAACAAUUUAUGAAAA